CUUUACCAAGGCAACGCAUCGCGCUCAAUGACUGUAAACGCGGCUUGUGCAAACUGAGUUUGCUUGCAGGAACAAUUGUAAGCACCAAUGCAACAUCGUUCUCCGCAGAUUGUGCGUUACAAUGGCAGUCACAUUUAAGGGCACCAGCGAGUAUAAGAGCAAAUUCAAGGGGCGGAGCGCCCGGUCCAGAAGCGCAUCUCCCCAGCUCCGGACGCGCAAGGCAGGGCUACGGUCCGACCAGCUGGGAGUCGUCCGAGAGCCCCAGUUUCUUUCAAAGAGAAGGGUGCCCUUACACAGACCGCAGGUGUACCGGUCCUUUCAAUGGGAGGAGCCAGACGAGUCGCCAUGGGAACGCCAGACCCCCAGGGCAAGCGCCGGUCCUGCGCCAGCACUCCCCGUGGAGGGACCGGGAAAGGCGGACGGGCCCGAAACCCCACUGGCCCCCAGGGGUCCCAAACCCUCCGGGGCUCUGUGUGCGGAGAGCGAACCCGUCGCGGCGGCCCCGCCCCCGCCAACAGAGCCACGCCGGCCCGUAACAGCAGGGGAGGCGGGGCCUGUGCCGAAUGGAGUCCACCAUGUUCUGAAGAGGAGGGCGGGGCUGAAGUUGGUAGGCCGCAGCAACAAGCUCCAGAGCUCAGAGUACCAGAGGCAGUUCCAGUGCAAGACGCCCGUCGCCAGCUCCCCCCUCCUGGCUGCAGAGCAGAUGGUGUACCGGAGCAGUCCAGUGAUCCCGCCCUUCAGAGCGACCCCAUUGGUCCAGGAGAGCGAGUACAGGCGGAGCUUCAAGGGCUCUCCGCCCCCCAGGGCCCCUUGGCUGAGGCGGGACCUGGAGCAGAGGGAGGGGCCACAGUCCCCGUCGGAGCCGGGCUCACCGGAGAGGGCCACAAAGGGCAAGAAGAAGAAGAAGAAAAAGCCACAGCAGCGGAUAUCCAGGAAACCGAGCCUCCAGAGCGGCGGCCCUCGGCGGGAAGUGAGGUCACAGAGCCCCUCCCACGGGGGAUACUGGAAGGUGAAGUCAGAGUACAGCUCUCACUUCCGCUCCCCCCUGCACUACAGGCUCAGUGACGGGGUUUGGGUCAAGUCCUCCACAGCUGCUGAAGAGGCGCGGGAGCUCCGGAGGAGGGCCGAGGCGUACCGCAGGAGGGCCUGGGGGACUCACUUCUCCCGGGACCACCUUAACCAGAUCCAGUCUGAGCAGAACCGGCUGUGGGAGGCCUCCACGGCAUCGGACGGCCUGGCCGAGAGCAGCCGCACCAUCCAGGCCCUGGACCUCGCCAGCGUUGAGAGCCUGAAGGGGAGCUCUAGUGAGGGGCGCUCGCUGCCCCCGUCCCCUGCGGGGGGCAGCACGGAGGCUCGCCCGCAGAACGCUCCCACCCUCCCCGAGGAGGAGGAGGAGGAGGGCAGGGACCGGAGAGAGGAGCCAGGGGAGGAACCUCCCAGGGAGAAGAAGCGGGCGGAAGAGGAUGAGGAGGAGGUAGAAGAUUGCAGGAGCGAUAGGGCGACUGCCUCAGAGAAUCCGUCUCCGUCACCUGCAUCGACCUCCCAUCGCUCUGGGACGCCGGGGGGCAGGUUGCCCACCCCCAAAAUGAAGAUCAUCCGCACCAUCCAGAGGACGCACCAUGACCGCACCACCCCGACAACAGGGGGCGCCAUCCUGGUCUCCCCUCCGAAAGCCACGGAGGGCUCCCCGGGGCGGGGUGUGCGGAGGAGUGAACCUCCUCUGGGGAAGCCCUACUCCCCCUACAAGGCCCUGUCCCGUGCCUCGCCGGAGAGACUCAGCAGCAAGGUGGAGGGGGGCUCCCCCCCGGCUGCCGGGCUGACCACGGCGGACCCCAUCCCGCUGAGGGAGGACCCCUGGCCCUCGCGCCCCUCCCCGAAUGACUCCCCCGCUCCCUGUCCCGCCGGGCGUGGCCCCGCCCUCCCCGCUGUCCCCGCUCCCCUCCCGACCAAUCGCAUCCACGGGAGGCUGAGGGACCCGGAGUUCCAGCACAACGGUAACCUAGGAUUCCUAAGGCACGAGACGACCGCGUUCCCUUCCAGUGAACUUUCAGACGACGACGACAGGAUGUCCCAGAUCUCAUCCCGGUCGGCUGCGUCCUGCUCUCUGGCUUCACAGGUUCUGGAACGGGCACAGAAAAGGCACAAGAGCUUCUGGGGAAAGCACUAGAGUCCAGGACCACGUCAAAAAAAAACCGUCAGCCACGUGUGUUUUCUUCCCAUGUGCUGCGUUUAAAAACGUUUUUUUAGACAUAUUUUGUUCCGUACUUAUUCAUUUUUUUCCAAAUGUUAUCUGUCAAAAAAUAAUGUUUGAAAUGGAUUAUCAGAGAUUAGGUUGAGUCAUUUAUUUGUUUUAGAUUUGACAAGGCAGAGGAAGAUCUAGAAACUAGGAAACACUCAUUUCAAAGCUGUAGUCUUUUUACAUUUGUCACACUUUUUACAUUUGUCACUGAAAAUAUGAAGUGCGAA